AUGUUUAAAUUUAUCCUUGUUGUUGUGUUGGCUGUAAUUGCCAGUGCCGUUGCGGCUCCUGGUUAUGUGACUGGUGGUUUGGCACACAGCUAUUUGGGUGGUCAUGCCAUAGCUGCUGCUCCCGCCAUUUCGUAUGCUAAUACUUUUGCUGCUCCUACUAUUACUAAAAUUGCUGGUGCUCCAGCCAUCUCAUAUGCUGCUCCACUGACUAAUGUUGGUUAUGCUGCACCAGCCUUGGGUUUAGGCUAUGGUCAUAAUUUGGCUUAUGGUGGCUUGGGACAUGUAAUUGUGUCCUUAGCACUUGUUGCCAGCGCCGCUGCAACUCCAGGUUAUUUGGGUGGACUUGAUCACGGAUAUUUGGGUGGUCCUGAAUAUGCCGCCGCCCCAGCCAUUUCGUAUGCUGCCCCAAGCUAUACGAAAAUUGCUGCCGCCCCUGCAAUUUCAUAUGCAGCUCCGGCCUACACAAAAAUUGCUGCCGCCCCUACAAUUUCAUAUGCUGCACCAGCCAUAACUAAAUAUGCUGCCGCUCCAGCUAUAUCUUAUGCUGCUCCAGCCAUUACCAAAUACGCUGCGGCUCCUGCUAUCUCUUAUGCUGCACCAGCUAUUUCAUAUUCCGCUCCCGCUAUAACUAAAUAUGCUGCCGCUCCUGCUAUUUCAUAUGCAGCUCCUGCUAUAACUAAGUAUGCCGCAGCCCCUGCUAUUUCAUAUGCUGCACCAGCCAUCACUAAAUACGCUGCCGCUCCUGCUAUAUCCUAUGCAGCUCCUGUUGCUAAAUUAGGUUAUGCUGCACCCGCCUUAGGUUAUGGUCAUGGUUUGGCCUAUGGUGGUUUGGGUUAUGGUCAUGGUUGGUAA